AUGUCGACCGAGUCGUACGAAGACGCCCUUAAAAGACUCGGAGAGCUUCUAAGUACGAAAUCAGAUAUUGGGAACGUCGCGGCCGCAAAGAUCAAGAAGUUAACGAGUGAGCUAGAGGAACUUGAUUCCAGCAAGUCAGAUGCCGUCGAACGAAUCAAAUCCGGAUUUAUCCAUUUCAAGACUAAUAAUUUUGAGAAGAAUCCAUCUUUGUACAAUGAACUUGCCAAGAGCCAAAGCCCCAAGUUUCUAGUGUUUGCUUGUGCGGAUUCCCGAGUUUGCCCUUCUCACAUCUUAAAUUUCCAACCUGGGGAAGCGUUUAUCGUUAGAAACAUUGCAAACAUGGUGCCACCUUAUGACAAGACGAAACACUGUAAUGUUGGUGCCGCACUUGAAUAUCCAAUUACAGUCCUCAACGUGGAGAACAUUCUGGUGAUUGGUCACAGUUGUUGCGGUGGAAUUAAGGGACUCAUGGCCAUUGAAGAUGAUGCAGCUCCCACAAAGAGCGAGUUCAUAGAAAACUGGAUCAAGAUCUGUGCACCAGCCAAGAACAGGAUCAAACAGGAUUUUAAAGACCUGAGCUUCGACGAUCAGUGCACCAACUGUGAGAAGGAAGCCGUGAAUGUGUCGCUGGGGAAUCUGUUGUCUUACCCAUUUGUGAGAGAAAGAGUGGUGAAGAACAAGCUCGCCAUUAGAGGAGCUCACUACGAUUUCGUGAAAGGAACAUUUGAUCUCUGGGAACUCGACUUCAAGACCACCCCUACCUUUGCCUUGAGUUAA